UAGUAAGCAUAACAAAAAGAACCUCGUUCUCUCAGUAGUGCAAUUUUUGUAAUCAUCCUGGUUGUGUUUAUUAUUAUUUUAUUCAAUUUUUAGUCUGCCCUUACUGCAAACUGUCUCACAGCUGAUUACAUCAAAAUUUUCAAGCAACCAUUUAUGAACGAGCAGUAUUGUUUGUAUUGUUUUUUUUACUAGAUACAGUGGCCCCAAUUUAGUGGAAGUUAGGCAUGCUUAUGACUGUAAUCCUAAAAUCACUUUUCUGGGAGUAAGUCCCAUUAAAUAAAAUAGGGUUUCGUUUUUGCUCCCCUAAUUCCUUUGGAAGAAAAUGCAGUGAAAGAAGUUUGCUGUGACUUGUUUCAGUCCCACUAAUUUCAGGGAGAUUUGUGUGCCUGAUUUAUAUUUCUGUAUAUUUUAUUGGUAUACUCAGUUUUUUAUUUUUUUUUAAUCCAGAUUAGUUUAAAUUAGGAAAACAAAAAGGUGAUUAUAUCCAUUUGGAGUUUAUAUUGCACCGCUUUGCUGUCUGAAAGCAACAGUAGACAGGAAGUGUCUGAUUAACAGCAAACUGUCUCCUGGCUGCUCUCAAUCUCAGGCUCCCCAGACGCUGAGAGAGAUGAGAUGCAUCUCUACAAGCGCUACCUUGGAAGAGGCAUCCCUCCUCGGCCAAGCUCUACAGACGAAGAAUUGGACCAUCCCUCUUGUCACUCAUCUCCAAUUGGCACGCCCACCCAGCGUCCCCCUUGCCAGUGAAAGCCCGUUCCUUUUCUCCUGUUGGCUGCUCCAACUCGAAUUCCAAUUUUAAAUAAAAAUAUGUGGGGGGGGGCGGGAUUUGCAUAUUUAUCAGGCGGAGGUUGCGUCUGCACCAAUGCGGGCUGCCUCAUUAGCAUAAACACCUCGUUGUUUCGCGUAGACCUGCAGCGGGCGCUGGGAUUCGUGGAAGCGCAGUCCGUGGGUCUUGGUGCAGCCCUAGAAGGCGAAGGCUGCGAGGCAUCCUCCUGCCAAGCCGGGUCGAGGCGCCAAAUGGCUGAAGGGUUAACGUCCUAGAGGCAGCGAGCUUCGCGCAUACCGGCAGCUUGGCGGCGGCAAUGGUAGAGGCAGCACCAGCGGGGCACGUUAUUACCUGCUGGCGGAGCUGAUUGGCGAGGAGCGGCCGCCUUUCCAUGGAGCAGGCAGGCAGGAAGGGAAGCUGCUGAAGCGUCGGCUCCUCGUGCGGGGGGAUUUGGAGGCGGGGAAGGCAAGGCAAGAGGCUCGCUUUGCUGACGCCGGGCGCUGAGGUGGGAAGGGAGGCAGCCGCCAGCACAAGGACUGGGCUCGGCCGAGCGGCUCGCGAGGCAGCGGCGAAAAAGAAGGCGAAGGCUCGAGCCUCCGCCUUGAGGAGACCGCAGCUGGCCCGGCCCCGCCUGGGGCGCCCGAGCCAGCCUUUGGCCGUCUUCGCAAGCCCGGACUGCUAGCGAUGCGCUGCCUGGCUCUGCUCGGCUUCUUCGUCUGGGGCUUCCGGAGCUCGGCUGGGCCCAGCGGCGGCGCUUCGCCUCCUCCAUGCCCGGCCUCCUGCAGUUGCGAUGGGGACGGGGGAGUUGACUGUUCCGGGCGAGGGCUCACGGCCGUGCCCCAAGGACUCAGUGCCUUCACCCACUCACUGGAUAUCAGUAUGAACAAUAUCACAAGAUUGCCAGAGGAUGCAUUUAAGAAUUUUCCUUACCUUGAAGAGUUACGACUAGCUGGCAAUGACCUUGCGUUUAUUCAUCCAAAGGCCUUGUCUGGGUUGAAGGAACUCAAAGUUCUCACUCUGCAGAACAACCAGCUGAAAACUGUUCCUAAUGAUGCCAUCAGGGGACUAAGUGGGCUACAAUCCUUGCGCUUAGAUGCUAAUCACAUUACUACUGUCCCAGAAGACAGUUUUGAAGGCCUCGUUCAACUGCGCCACUUGUGGCUAGAUGAUAACAGCUUAACUGAAGUCCCGGUUGUUCCACUCAGCAACCUUCCGUCCCUGCAGGCCUUAACCUUGGCUCUCAAUAAAAUUACCAGCAUCCCUGACUUUGCAUUUACCAACCUUUCAAGCCUUGUUGUCCUUCAUCUCCAUAACAAUAAAAUAAAAACAUUGGGACAUCAUUGUUUUGAUGGCUUAAACAACCUAGAAACUUUGGAUUUAAACUAUAACAGCAUGGUAGAGUUUCCUAAAGCUAUAAAAACGCUUCCCAGCCUAAAGGAAUUGGGAUUUCACAGUAAUUACAUCUCCAUGAUCCCUGACAAUGCAUUUGUUGGAAACCCACUUCUAAGAACCAUACAUCUGUAUGAUAACCCUUUAUCCUUUGUUGGGAACUCAGCUUUUCAGAACUUAUCAGAUUUACAUUCCCUCGUCAUUCGUGGGGCUAGCAUGGUACAGUCAUUUCCUAAUUUAACAGGGACUACUAAUCUGGAGAGCCUGACUUUUACAGGCACAAAAAUAAACAGCAUCCCCAUUGAUCUAUGCCAAGUGCAAAAGAUACUUCGAACUUUGGACUUGUCUUAUAACAACAUAAAACACCUUCCAAGUUUUAAAGGCUGCAGUUCCUUGGAAGAAAUAUCUUUGCAGCAUAAUGAAAUCGAGGAAAUCAAAGAAGAUGUGUUCCAGGGUCUAACUUCUCUGCGUACCCUUGAUCUCAGCAGAAAUUUGAUCCGUCGGGUCUACAAAGCUGCAUUUACUUCACUUGGAGCUAUUACCAAUCUAGACUUAAGUGUCAAUGCGUUGACUUCAUUUCCAACUGAAGGCCUGAGUGGGUUAAACCAGCUUAAACUUGUAGGCAAUACUGAACUGAGAGAAGCCCUAGCAGCAAAGGAUUUUGUGAAACUUCGAUCGCUGUCUGUUCCAUACGCCUACCAGUGCUGUGCAUUUUGGGGUUGCGAUUCUUAUUUAAACUUUAAUACUGAAGAGUCCAACCACCAAGAUCAAGUUGCACAUGACCGUGGAGAAGCAGAUGCGGAUGACCUCAUCAAUGAUGAUAAUGAAGAACUUGGUCAGACAAUAAUACACUGUACCCCUGCAACAGGUGCUUUCAAGCCUUGUGAAUACUUACUAGGGAGCUGGAUGAUUCGUCUUACAGUCUGGUUUAUUUUUUUGGUUGCUUUAUCCUUCAACAUUCUUGUCAUGUUAACUAUAUUUGCUUCUUGCAUUUCACUGCCUUCUUCCAAACUAUUCAUAGGCUUGAUUUCCCUAUCUAACUUACUUAUGGGGAUUUAUACUGGCAUAUUGACUUUCCUGGAUGCAGUCUCAUGGGGACGGUUUGCUGAAUUUGGCAUUUGGUGGGAGACUGGCAGUGGCUGCAAAGUUGCUGGGUUUUUAGCUAUCUUCUCUUCGGAAAGUGCCAUUUUUUUCCUAAUGUUAGCUGCCAUUGAACGAAGCUUGUCUGCCCAGGAAAUAAUUAAGAUGGGUAAAAGUAAUCAUCAAAAAAAGUUUCGAAUUGCUGCCGUUUUUGCUGUCCUUUGCGCGCUGGUAGCAGGAUGUUUGCCACUUUUUCAUAAAGGAGAAUAUUCUGCAUCACCUCUCUGCUUGCCCUUUCCUACUGGUGAAACUCCCUCUUUGGGUUUCACAGUUACACUAGUACUCCUAAACUCAUUAGCCUUUUUGCUAAUGGCUGUUAUUUAUACUAAACUUUACUGCACCUUGGAGAAGGAAGAUUUGUCUGAGAACUCACAAGCCAGCAUGAUUAAACAUGUUGCUUGGCUAAUCUUCACUAACUGCAUCUUUUUCUGCCCUGUUGCAUUUUUCUCAUUUGCUCCACUCAUCACUGCAAUCUCUGUAAGUCCUGAAAUCAUGAAGUCUGUCACUCUGAUAUUUUUCCCACUGCCUGCUUGUCUGAAUCCAGUCUUGUACGUCUUCUUCAACCCCAAAUUCAAGGAAGACUGGAAAUUACUGAGGUGGCAUAUUACCAAGAAGAAUGGAACUGGAACAGCCACUGUUAAUACACAAGGUGGCUGUGGGACACAGGAUUUCUACUAUGACUGUGGCAUGUACACCCAUCUGCAGGGUAACCUUACCAUGUGUGAAUGCUGUGAAUCUCUUCUUAUAUCCAAGCCUGUACCAUGUAAGCACUUAAUAAAGUCCCACAGUUGUCCAGCUCUGACAGUAGUGCCUUGCCAAAGGCCAGAUGGCUAUUGGUCUGAUUGUGGUACCCAAUCUGCCCAUUCUGAUUAUGCAGAUGAAGAGGACUCUUUUGUAUCAGACAGUUCAGACCAAGUACAGGCCUGUGGACGUGCUUGUUUCUAUCAGAGCAGAGGCUUUCCUUUGGUUCGUUAUGCUUACAAUAUCCCAAGGAUUAAAGACUGAAAAGCUUUGUUGCAAACCAUGAGCUAAAAAAGGAGGACACUUCAUACACACUAUGCCUGUUCUGUCCUUUUAUCUGGAAGCACUUUUAUAAUCAUAUUUUGAUGUUUAUAGUAGACAAGGGAGGUGGGCAGUAAAUAGCUAUACAUUUAAAGCAAGAGCUGUUGCUCUUACUGUAAAUAAUUGGAAAACUAAAAUUUAUAACCCAGUUUUGUACUUUUUCCAAGCAAUUAUAUAUUAAUGUCUAUGUUCUUAGGCUGUAUUUUCAUAUUGUUAUCUGACUGUAAUUUACUGCUUCGGAUGUGAAAUGAAUUCAGUCCACUCUUCCAGUUAAGCACAUUACAAGAGACAGCUAUAAUUAAGAAAUUAUUUUAAAAUGUGACUUUAUAUAGUUAAAAGAAAAAUUGUUGCUAACUUUUGUAUAGCAUUUCUGACUGAAUCUCAGGACACUUUACUGCAGGGCCAAAAGAAGGGAGUACUCUUCAUAUACAACUGUGAGUCAAAUACUAGCAAAACAUGUUAUAUUUUUCAUUUUUCAAGCUGUUGCUGAAUUUGAUUGGGAUAAAAAUGUUUAUUUCAGUAAAAUAUGUAUCACCUCUCAUAAUCUAGUUCUGGUAGGUUGACAAGAUAGAGGGGAAAAGCUGAGUAUUGUUUGGAAUCCUUUGGGCUUUCGUGAGCAAACAUCAAAAUCAAGUUUACCAAACUUACAUUUGUCUGUAGUCCCAAUGUGUAUUACUCCAUUCCCUAGAUCCAUAUAGAUUUCACCACAACUGCAUUUCUGUGACUGUUGUGUACCCUGAGAGCAGUAUUGUGCAUAUGGAACUCUUGAGUAUACUGGAUCUUAGUUGCUCUCAUGAAGAAGAUGGAGAAUAUAUACACAACACAUAAUGGGGAUUCUCUUCUGCACACACAGAGCAUUUUUAACACAAAAGAUAAAUAGUUAUUCCCACUCACUGUUUCUCCCCACACCCCACACACACCCUUGAGCCCCUCUUGCAUGUUGGAGAGCCACUGAGUUUUGUAGGUUCAGUUGCAGGUUUGUUGAUGACAGCAAAAGUCAGUGGAAAAGUCAUAGAAAUCUACCUUGAGAAAUACAGUUAAUAUGCUGAAAGCUGCAAAGAUGUAGAAAGACGCUUCCUAAAGGAAAUAUAGUCUGGAGUGAAACCACAUUAUAUAGUGGUUUGGAACCAGCAAUGUGUAAGCAGAAACAUCAAUGGACUUAAUGCACUUCUACUUGUGUAAGAACUUGUGUUACACCUAGUACUUUCCUCUCUAUAUAUAUCAUAGUGCCCAGAAAUCGGUUUGCACAAGAUCUUUCACUAGGAGAAAUGCAAGAUGGGAUAUAAUACGUUUGACGCAGUGCAAACAGCUACCAUUCUUUUUCUUGCAUUUCUACUUGCACAAAGGUCUACUGCAAGUGGAAAUUUUGCACUGGAACCAACCCACAAUUUUGUAAUAGAAUAGAUCUGGGUACAAAGUUGCUUUGGAAUAAAAGGCUGGUAUGUUAAAAGAAAUGUGAAAAUCUAUAUUGCAACAUAAGAAUUUCUGCUUUCCUGCCAUUUUAUAGACUGGGCAAAUGAGCUGACUUUUAUAAAAUUUAGGGGGGGAAACAUUUGAAUUUGAUACUUGAGACCCUGAUGUGUGAUAAUUAAAUUGAUCUUUGUCAUCUCUCCUUAGUGUGAAAAUUCACAGCGUAAAGUUAUAUAUGCAUGAUCAAGCUAGAUCUUAUAUCUCUUGAAAAAAAGUAUUUUAAAUAGCAGUUCCACUGCCAUACCAGUCAUUCUAGCACCUCUUUUACAAAAAAAGAUUUAAGCUAGAUUACAGUUAGGAAAAUUUAAAUUGUAUAUAGUGUGCAUAAAAAUAAUUUUCAUACUGUAAAUUAUUUGGUAGAAUACAUGAUGGGAAAUGUGGCUUCAGUGCAUUUUGUUAAUUAAAGCUACCUCCUGAAACAUAGCAGCUGCCAGUAGCAGAUUGUUUUUAAUUGUGGUUUAUAUACUUUUUGCAUUGUAAAUAAACAUUGGUUGUACAUUGUUGUUGUAAGAAAACCCAGAAGCUUUGUAUAUCAAAAUUAUUUAGCUUGUACAAAAUAUGGGAUAUUGCAUACUGUAAUUUUUGUAAACCAAAAUAAUUCAUAGUAAAGUCAAAGGUAGUAAAAGUGAAAGAAAUGGAUCCUA